AUGUCUCAACAAAAGGAUCUACCAUAUCAAGUAUCAGAGAAGGUCCUAUGCUACCAUGGACCAUUGAUAUACGAAGCCAAAAUUUUAAAAGCAGAGUAUUUUGAGUCUAAAAAUGCUAGUUCUGGGGUAACCGGACAGCAUUACUAUAUCCAUUAUAAGGGAUGGAAGAAUACGUGGGAUGAAUGGGUUGAGGAAUCCCGCAUAUUAAAAUAUAACGACGCAAAUCUAUCUAAGCAAAAGCAAAUUAAAGAAAUGUACAAGUCCAAAAAAUCAUCAACUAACGUUAUUAUGAGGAAACCGACUUUGGACUUGACAACUACUAGCACUGUGAGUGCUGCUACUUCAAAUAUCGAAAAAGGAAAGAAGAGAAAAAGAGAGUUGUCAAUUGAGGGAAAGGAAGAUUCAACAAAAAGACCCAUGAUAACAUUAACCGUUCCCGAACAGUUAAUGGCAAUAUUAGUAAAGGAUGCAACAUAUAUUGCUAAAUCACAAAUGCUUGUUCCAUUACCGCGCAAGCCAUCUGUGAUCGAUAUUACGAAUCAAUACAUUCAGUAUCGUCGGGACGGUAAAGGAAAUCAGACGUUAGUGGAAGGCAUCAUGGAAGAAGUAUUACGAGGACUGCGAUUGUACUUUGAUAAAUGUCUUGGUGCACGUUUGCUCUAUAAAAUAGAGCGAUCACAGUAUAAGCAAAUGAAAAUUCAACAUGAGGAUCUCAGUAAUUGUGAAAUAUAUGGCUUUGAACAUUUACUACGACUGUUUGUCCAAUUACCGGCGAUUAUAUCUCAAGCGAACCUUGGAUCAGAUGUCAGCGGAUCUCUCAAAUUGUACAUAGAUGACUUUCUAAACUUUCUCAAAGAAAAUGUCAAAGAAUACUACACUGUGGAUUAUAGAAAGAUCGAGUAA